UGUUGGUAACUCUGGCAAGAGUGUACUUGCUGGAGGUAAAAGUGUGUGUUGAGUUCUCAUGGUCAGGUUUUUUAUUAUUAAUAAACGUUUUAUAACGAUAGUUUAUCAGAUUUAGGUUUAAAACGUGACUCGAUAUGCUGGGAAAUAGUGAUACACUCCGUGCAAGUCAACUGAAAACUGUUUAUUUUGAGAAAUUCUAAUUAUUUUGUGGCCUUGUACUGUGCUGGUUUAGCGAGUGACACACACACCCAGAACUGAUAAUAGUCAAAUAAAAUAAAAAACUUAUUACACAGCUAAUAUCUAGUUUUGUAAUCAACUUAUCAAAAUGCAAGCCAUCAAGUGUGUGGUUGUUGGCGAUGGAGCUGUGGGUAAAACUUGCUUGUUGAUCAGUUAUACAACUAAUGCAUUUCCUGGAGAGUACAUACCCACUGUUUUCGACAAUUACUCUGCUAAUGUAAUGGUUGAUGGCAAACCUAUUAACUUAGGCCUGUGGGAUACAGCAGGUCAAGAAGACUAUGACAGAUUACGUCCCCUUUCCUACCCACAAACCGAUGUUUUCUUAAUAUGUUUCUCACUUGUUAAUCCUGCUUCUUUCGAAAACGUUCGUGCAAAGUGGUAUCCUGAGGUACGACACCACUGUCCCAGCACCCCAAUCAUCUUGGUGGGUACGAAAUUAGAUCUACGUGACGAUAGGGCUACCAUAGAGAAACUUAAGGACAAAAAACUAACCCCCAUCACUUAUCCCCAAGGCUUAGCAAUGGCUAAAGAAAUCAGUGCUGUUAAAUAUUUAGAAUGUUCUGCUUUAACGCAAAAGGGACUAAAAACGGUAUUCGACGAGGCCAUAAGGGCUGUUCUGUGUCCUGUAAUGCCUGUCAGACCAAAACGUAAAUGUGUGAUCUUGUAAUCAAAAUUCUCUUCGAUAAGAAAAGAAAAACAUAAUAAAUAAUAUAAGUAUAUCAAUUUCAAGAAAGGGAUAAAGAAAAUCGAUGCAAGCGAAUAAUUUAAACGCUGAAUUCCUUUAAGAUGAUGCCGAUGUAAGUCUGUGUAUUUAAAAUAACAAAAAAAAGAGGAAAAGGAAAAGAUAGAAUCUUAGGUGAAGUCUUAAAACGCUUAGGAAAUAAUAUUUAAUGGGAUAAAAGAGUAAUUGUGUGCUUUAAUUAAUUUUAAAGUCACCAGUAGAUUAAUAACAGUAAAAAAUUAGAAUGUACGUUUUCUUUUCCUAGUUACACUUGCCACGUUAAAAAAUAAUAUAUUUUCUAUGAAAAUAAUAAGAAACGUUUUUACACCUAAGAUUCGGUUUUUUUUUUCUUUUUUGUAUUUUUUUUUCUUUAAAUUUGACAUAGAUGGAAUGUGUAAAGUGUUACUGCAUCAGGUAUAAGAAAAUAAUAAUAAUUGUUGCACAAAGUAUUGAUAUAUUUGUAUAUUUAACAAUUUAACCGCCAGUAAUUAUUAUUAUUGAUCGUUUUUAAUGUUCUCUUUUUGCAAUUAACAAAAAUGGAAAGAUAACAAACUCUUUA